CGCUGUUUCCAGGUGUUUGACGCGCAUCUCGAAGGCUCGCUCGGUUUUUCACGCCAAUCAGCCAGUUCGAAUAGUGCAUCAUGAAUGCACCAAACACGCGAAAGGGCCCACCAUUAGAUUAGCAGAACAACAACGUGGUUUUAAAAGCAGCACGGCGGGAUUCACCACGGAAUCUCUUCUAAACAGCCCGGACACAGUUAUUCCGCAUAUAACCUCUGGGAAAAGAGGAAAAAAAGGCGAGGACACAUAUUUUUGCCCCGCGUCAGCUUCCGUCAAGCGUCCACCGAGUACGCAUGCGCGCCAGCGUCCUGCAUGUUUUCCUAGCUAGUGUUGCCGCUGUCGAAAUGUUCAAUAUUUAACGUUUUAGAUAACAGGCGUCCUUUCAGUCACCAUGAAGACACGAUUCACCACUGUGGAUAUCAGGGCGGUUAUCGCCGAAAUAAAUGCUAAUUAUAUCGGCAUGAGGGUCAACAACGUUUACGACAUCGACAAUAAGACAUACCUCAUCCGUCUGCAGAAGCCCGACAACAAGGCAGUUCUCCUGAUCGAAUCCGGGACUCGAAUUCACUCGACAGACUUCGAAUGGCCAAAGAACAUGAUGCCUUCAGGCUUUGCCAUGAAAUGCCGGAAACACCUGAAGACUCGGCGGCUGACCCAGGUGAAGCAGCUUGGGAUCGACAGGAUCGUGGACAUCCAGUUCGGCUCGGAUGAGGCCGCCUACCACUUGAUUGUUGAGCUUUACGACAGAGGGAACGUCAUCCUUGCUGACCACGAGUACACAAUCUUGAAUCUGCUGCGGUUUCGUGCGGCCGACGCUGAAGACGUGAAGAUUGCGGUGCGAGAGCGGUACCCAGUGGAGAGUGCCCGACCCCUGGAGCCGCUCAUCAGCUUGGAGAGACUAACAGACAUUAUCAGCUCAGCACAAAGUGGAGAGCAAGUGAAGAGGGUUCUGAAUCCUCACCUGCCGUAUGGAGCGACUCUGAUCGAACACUGUCUCAUAGAAGCGGGACUCAGUGGCUCUCUCAAGGUGGACAGCCAAGCGUCUGAAGUUGCUCCUAAAAUCCUGGAAGCUCUGAGAAUGGCAGAGGUCUAUAUGGAGAAAACUGAAUCCUUCAAUGGCAAGGGGUAUGUCAUUCAGAAGAGGGAGAAGAAAGUGAGUCUGACUCCUGGGAAUCCCAGCGAGGAGCUGCUCACAUACGAUGAAUUUCAUCCAUUCCUCUUCGCACAACAUGCCCAAAGUCCCUACCUGGAGUUUGAAACCUUUGACAAGGCGGUGGACGAGUUCUUCUCCAAGAUGGAGAGUCAGAAGAUCGACAUGAAAGCGUUGCAGCAGGAGAAACAGGCUCUGAAGAAGCUGGAGAAUGUGAAACGGGACCAUGAGCAGAGGCUUGAGGCUCUGCAUCAAGUUCAGGAAGUGGACCGAGCGAAGGGUGAGCUGGUGGAAAUGAACCUGCCGGUGGUGGAGCGAGCGCUGCAGGUGGUCCGCAGCGCUCUGGCCAAUCAGGUGGACUGGACGGAGAUCGGCGUCAUUGUCAAGGAAGCUCAGGCCGCCGGAGAUCCUGUGGCCUGUGCCAUCAAGGAGCUGAAGCUGCAGACCAACCAGAUCACCAUGCUUCUGAAAAACCCGUACGUUUCGGAGGAGGACCAGGAGGAGGAGGUGGAGAUGGAAGAGAAAUUGGAGGUGAAGGGGAAGAAAAGUAAAGACAAAGCAUCGCGCAAGAAGCUGCAGAGGAACAAGCCCAUGUUGGUGGAUGUGGAUCUGGGCCUGUCUGCGUACGCCAACGCCAAAAAGUACUACGACUGCAAACGCACCGCUGAGAAGAAGCAACAGAAAACCAUUGAAGCCGCCGGCAAGGCGAUGAAGUCUGCUGAGAAGAAAACUCAGCAAACUCUCAAAGAGGUUCAGACGGCCAUCACCAUCCAGAAGGCCAGGAAGGUCUACUGGUUUGAGAAGUUCCUCUGGUUCAUCACCUCUGAGAACUACCUGGUCAUCGCGGGGCGCGACCAGCAGCAGAACGAGAUGAUCGUGAAGCGCUACCUCCGGCAAGGCGACGUUUACGUUCACGCCGACCUCCACGGAGCCACCAGCUGCGUCGUGAAGAAUCCCUCCGGCAACCCAAUCCCUCCCAAAACCCUGAAUGAAGCAGGCACCAUGGCCGUGUGCUACAGCGCUGCAUGGGACGCCAAAAUCAUCACCAGCGCCUGGUGGGUCCAUCAUCACCAGGUGUCGAAGACGGCACCCACUGGAGAGUACUUGACCACCGGAAGCUUCAUGAUCAGAGGAAAGAAAAACUUCCUGCCUCCCUCCUACCUCAUCAUGGGCUUUGGCUUCCUGUUCAAGGUGGAUGAGCAGAGCGUGUUCCGUCACAGAGGGGAGAGGAAAGUGAGGACUGUGGAGGAGGACAUGGAUGAACUGGCGUCCACCACCGAGGAGCUGCUGGAGGAGGGAGAGGAGCUGAAAGAAGACGGCAGCAGCGAUGAGGAGCAGGAGCAGGGAAAGUCAGAUGAGAGUGACGCCCAUUUAAAAACCAGCAAUGAUGACACAAGAGAGGAAACAAAAAACAAAACAAACAGUAAGUCCCCAGAUGGAAGCAACGCUGAGGAAGAGAGCGAGGAGGAGGAGGGUGAUGGAGAGGCCAGUGAGGAGCCGAGCUUCCCCGACACCACCAUCUCCCUCUCGUAUCUUCAGCCACACAGAACUCAAGACAUCAAACCGGAACCUGUGUCCGAGAGUGAGACCAACUCUCAAGGGAAGAAGCACAUGACAGCCAAGCAGAGACGAGAGGAGAAGAAGAAGAAGCAGAAACAGGACGGGCUCGACUCUGAGAAGACAGAGGUUUCAUCUGCCGGGUCAACAGGCAGCCAGGGGACGAGGAGUGGGGGGAGCCUGUCGCAGCAGCCCCUGAAGAGGGGUCAAAAGAACAAGCUGAAGAAGAUCAAGGAGAAGUACAAGGACCAGGACGAGGAGGACCGGGAGCUGAGGAUGCAGCUGCUCGGGUCGGCCGGACCCACCAAGGAGGAGAAGGACAAAGGCAAGAAAGGCAAGAAGAGCAAAGAGGAGGCGGUUCGGCAGCCGCCUGCUCAGAGGCCCCCUCAGAAACCCCGGAAUCCUGAGAGGAAGCCAGAGCAGCCCAAAGGGGAAGAAGGAGAUGGAGAACAUGACGACAAGGAGGACGACGUGGACCAGGACAACCCUGGCGCCGAGGAAGCGGAGAACCUGCUGAACUCUCUGACCGGUCAGCCCGACAACGAGGACGUGCUGCUGUUCGCCGUGCCGGUCUGCGCCCCCUACACCGCGCUCUCCAACUACAAACACAAGGUGAAACUGACCCCUGGCACUCAGAAGAAAGGAAAAGCUGCUCGCACAGCCGUUCUCAGCUUCAUGAAAGGGAAAGACACAACCAUGAGAGAGAAGGACUUGCUGCGCAGCGUCAAGGAUGCCGACCUGUUCAGAAACGUACCUGGCAAGGUGAAAGUCUCGGCUCCGAACCUGCUGGCAGCCAAGAAGAAGUGAGAGAGGGGGCGGUGCUCCAGCGAGACGCCGCAGCUGCGGCUCCCACUGACUUCUAACGAAUGACCAAAACUGAGCCGCAAUCAUGAUAAAGUUCAAAAGAGAAGACAAACUCUGUUUAUUCCUCAUGACAAUUAUUUACAAUAAAAACAAAAUGGCAAAUGUGCAAACCAGGCGAAUAGAAAAGUUGUAUUUACACAAGUGUUUUGGGUGGCGGCGGCUCCACAUCGUCCCACAGGAAAUGAAGCGUGUUUUUUAAGUUAAAUAAGAAUCACAGAGCC